AUGGUGGUGCACACUGGAGGGACUCGUGUUCCUCCCGAAACAUCUCCACCAGAAAGUUCCUGCCCACUUCCGUCCCCAGUUCCGCCCGAUCAUCCCGCGUACAACAGCUGCCGCGAUUUAAGUACCUGCGUACCACGUGGACUUGUGGUGCAAGUGGAACGUCUCGGAACUGAGGACGUCAAACGCCGCAGAGUCCUUCAACAGGGUAUUGGGCGUCGUGGUUGGAGUGCGCUACCCACGCAUGGCCAAGCUGAUCAUCGCCCUUCAUGGCUUACCAGUGAAAGCAAGGGAAAGGUGCUCAACGUGGAGAUGGUUAGUGUUUCUGUAUUCAAAAGUCUGGUUAGUUUUCUGUAUUCACGAGUUUACUGCUUUUUUUCCUAG